ACCAAUCAAUCACCCUUCGAAGUUACGUCUCUGCAAAUCUCUCUCUCCUGUUGAUACAAUCCCUGCACCUCACAAAUCUCGGAAGAAUUAUCCCCUUACAAAAUUUAAGCCCAAUAUCUCACCACAUUACCUUCACAGUCCUUCAAAAGAACCCUCCAAAACGAUGUCAUUUGAGGAGGAUGAGGAAUCCAUGGAGCACACUCUCCUGGUCGUACGCGAGGUUUCCGUCUACAAAAUUCCUCCCCGCUCUACCUCCGGCGGCUACAAAUGCGGGGAGUGGUUGCAGUCCGAUAAGAUCUGGUCCGGUAGGCUUCGGGUCGUUUCAUGCAAGGACAGAUGUGAGAUCCGGUUGGAGGAUCCCAACUCAGGCGAGCUGUUCGCAGCUUGUUUCGUACAACCGGGUCAGCGCGAGACCUCGGUAGAGACGGUGCUUGACUCUUCUCGGUAUUUCGUACUUAAGAUCGAGGACGGAGGAGGGAAGCACGCAUUUAUCGGGCUAGGGUUUGCAGAGAGAAAUGAGGCAUUUGAUUUCAAUGUGGCGUUAUCGGAUCAUGAGAAAUACGUGAGGAGAGAACACGAGAAGGAGAUUGGGGAGACGAGCGAGAGCGAUACUCACAUAGAUAUACAUCCUGCUGUAAAUCACAGAUUGAAGGAAGGUGAAACCAUUCGAAUAAAUGUGAAGCACAAACCAUCUAGUGGAACUGGAAUGCUUUCAGCUGCAGGACUAUCAGGGGGUCAUUCUGGAACUGGAAAGUCUAAACCUUUAGGGAUUGCCCCGCCACCAAGUGGGGCAGUAAAAAUUAGGUCUCCACUCCCACCCCCUCCAAAUGAUCCAGCUACGGCACGAAUGACUGCUGUUAAUCAUGGUGUUGGUAUCAAAUCACCUAAAGAAAAUACAAAACGUUCUAUGGAUCAUUUAUCAGAUCUUUCUCCACUUGAGGUAAGCCUCUUUGGCUCUUUCCUUGUAGCAGCUAAUGUUUGCCCGUAUCCACACUGCAUGAGAGCAUCAGCAUCGAUAUAUUUUUAAUAGUUUUCGAAAAACCAUCAAUCUUUUGUGUUGCAUUGCUAAUGUCUGCCUUGUGCUCCAUUAUUGAGCAAGGACAAUGAGAUAUGUGAUUGAAGUGCUAGGUCACAUUAGCUGUUGAUCAUAUCCUUUCUUUGAUGCUGGUCCUUUUACUAAGUUAUGGAAGCAUAUUAAUUUGCUGUGAUUGUGUGUAGCUGCCUUUUUUUGUGACUCUGGAUGCACGGUGUUUGGAUAUUAUGAUUUAUCCAGGCUUGCCCCUACUUUAACUAAAUAUGUUUGGCUAGCCUUUGUUGAGAGCUUUCUUUCGUAGAUGCAUCUUUUGUCAUGGCUCAUUUGCUGUUGGUGAUUGCAGAGGAAUCUUCCUUCAGCAACAUCAGGUUCAGCAAAGACAACUACAUCGGGAUCAUGGGCGGCUUUCUAGUUGUGUGGGGUAUUUAUUGAGUGUGAAAUUGAAACCUCUGUUUGAUGUCUUCUUGGAAAAAAGUGAAAAUGAACAAUAUAAUUUGACAGAAGUAUGAAAGCACACCCAAAUACGUUCAUAUGCGGAAAAUAAUGUUUAAUAGAAUACAUGGAAUGCUUCUGCCUUCCUACAUGAACUCUGAUGGUCACAUUUCUACGUAUAAUGGAAAAUUGAAUUACAUUUCUUCUUCA